AUGAUGCUUUCGAAUGUAGAGAAGUUCAAUUAUCUCAAGUCUAAGUUAAUUGGUGCAGCCAAGAGUGCAGUUGCUGGAUUAGCCUUAUCUAGUGCUAACUACAACAUCGCAGUUGAUAUUUUAAGAAAAAGAUUUGGAAACCCUCAAGAAAUCGUUGAUCAGCACUACCAUAAACUUGUGAACUUGUCACCUGCAACGAACAAGGUCAGUAGCUUAAGAGAGUUUCUGGACAAUAUUGAGCGUCAUCUUCGUUGUCUUGAGAUGUUGAACCAAAACAUAAACCAGGAUGUCUUUGUAUCAAUUGUGAAAUCAAAAUUACCUGAAGAUGUUCUUCUACAAAUAGAACUACAAAAUGGUGUGCAAAAGUGGACUAUUGGUUCUCUCAAAGAACGAAUAGAAACUUACGUUACAGCACGUGAGAGAGCAACAAAAAUUUCAAGGCUUACAGAGGAAAAGGACCAACAUGAUCAGAUGAAAUUACAAAUGUCUAAAAACAAACAAGUUAACAAAAGGACGCACUUGUCUACACAAAGAAGCCUAUGUCCGAAAAGGUUUCCGUACAAAAAGGACAUUGCCACGGUUGUGAAUGAAAUUCCAGAAUCAGCGGCAGAAAAUACAGAAAGCAAUGAAAAGGAACCGAGUUUGUUGUGUACUCAUGAAUGUGUUUUGAUGCAAACUGCUUCAACAGAAAUUAUCAACCUCGAAUCAAACGAAGCGGUUCGUGUUCGAUUGUUAUUUGAUUCAGGGUCACAUAGAAGCUAUAUUACAGAGUCAUUAGCAAAAACUCUUCAUUUGAACUCGUGUGGUGAAGAAACAAUUCAAAUUGUGACGUUUGGAAGUGAACGAGUGAAGAACGUGAAAACUAAAAACACUCAAGUGGGUGUAAAAUUAAAGUGUUCCUCUGAACUACCAAUAACUGUAAAUAUUGUACCAUUUAUCAGUGGUGCACUCCAUAGAAAACCAAUUAAGAGCAAUACCCUGGAAAUUGUGCGUGAACGAGUCGCAAUUGAUGAAUUAGCAGACGAAUUACCUACAAGAUAUGAAUCAUCGCCAAUUGACGUUUUAAUUGGAAACGACUACUAUCUCGAUUUUAUUCAAAAUGAAAAGUUAAGUGUUCAACCUGGUCUUUACUUACUGUCCUCUAAACUCGGUUGGAUUUUGAGUGGACGUUCAGAUGAUGUGGACGAAAUGGAAGAACACAGUAUGUUGAUAUUCAAUCAAGGUUCGAGUAUAACUUAUCAAAGUAUGUUCUCAGUUGAUACACCUGUUCAAAAACCCGACCUCGAAGACUUCUGGAAUGUCGAAUCCAUUGGAAUAAUUGACAAGGACACUCGGAAUGAUGAUAUGAUAGCUUUAGAUAAAUUUAAAGAAACAGUCCAAUUUGAAGACAAUAGAUACCACGUUUGUUGGCCAUGGAAGGAAGACGAUUACGAGUUACCAACAAACAAAGAAUUAGCAAUAGGUCGACUGAAAUCGACUGUCAAAAGGUUAAAGAGCAACCCACAGUUACUACAGAAGUAUGACGGUGUUAUCAAAGACCAGCUAAAUAAUGGAAUAAUUGAAAGGGUGAAUACAGACGAGUCCAAUUCCAGGACACAUUACAUACCACAUCAUGCCGUCAUAACUCCACAAAAAUCCACAACCAAGGUCAGAGUGGUGUAUGACGCGUCUGCAAAGACUAAAAAGGACAAUAAGAGUUUAAACGAAUGCCUAUACAGAGGGCCAGUUAUGUUAAAUAACAUGUGCGGUAUUCUGAUGAGAUUUCGAUUACACCGAGUAGCUCUUGUAUCAGAUAUUGAGAAAGCCUUUCUACAGAUUGGUCUUCAAGACGAUCAGCGUGACGUCACGAGAUUCUUUUGGUUAAAAGAUAUCACCAACCCUUCGACAGAUCAACAUAAUAUUCAAACAUACAGAUUCAAACGUGUUCCAUUUGGGGUGAUAUCAAGUCCUUUCUUGUUGGGUGCAACAAUUGAAACACACCUGGAUUCAUAUCACAGUGGUAUUGGUAACAAAAUUAAACAUGAUAUCUAUGUAGAUAACCUAAUUACCGGCACUGAAAACGCAGAGGAGGGUAAAUAUGUAUAUACCACAGCAAAGUCAAUAUUUAAAGACGGUGCUAUGAAUUUGAGAGAAUGGGUUUCAAAUUCAAUGGAAGUGACCGACAUAUUUGCCCCAGAAGACAAGGCUAAGACAGAAAACGUUAACAUCCUUGGCCACGUCUGGAAUGUUCAUACGGAUACAUUAUCAUUGAGACCAGUGUCAUUUGAAAGAAACCAGUGUACGACAAAACGAAACGUUCUUCAAAAAUUAGCUUCAGUGUUUGAUCCGCUUGGUUUAGUAAGUCCCGUAGUACUUACAGCAAAGCUCUUCAUGCAAAACAUGUGGCGGAAGCAAAUGCUUUGGGAUGACUCUCUUGCACUAAAUGACCUAGAUAAUUGGAAUAACAUUGAAAACAACUUGAGCAACAGCCAGAACAUUCACGUUCCAAGAUAUGCUGGAUUUCAGUCAACGUCAUCAGUUGUGCAUAAGCUACUUUGCUUUUGUGACGCUUCAGAAAAGGCUUAUGCAAUCGUUAUCUACUUAUAUCAGAACAAUCAAUCGAAGGUCGUUACACAAUUGACAUUUGCUAAAACAAGAUUAGCUCCAAUCAAACAAAUGUCUAUCCCAAAACUUGAGUUGAUGGCAGUCCUUAUUGGGAUCCGAUGUCUAAAAUUUGUAAAGGAACAAUUACAUAUAAGUGUGUAUGAAACGUAUCUUUGGACAGAUUCAAAGUGUGUUUUGUAUUGGCUCAAGAGUACUAAGGAACUACCUGUAUUCGUGAAGAAUAGAGUCAAGGAAAUAAGAGAAAGCACUGAUGUUCGGUUCCGAUAUGUGCCGACUGCUGAAAAUCCUGCAGACAUAGCUACACGAGGUAUUACCGUUGAAAAUUUGCAAGCUGAAACGCUCUGGUGGUUCGGUCCAAGAUGGCUUAUCGAAGAACAUUGGCCUGUAUACGACCCUGACCUUGAUUUUGGAAUAGAACACAGUGAACAUGAUUCUGUUGAAAAUAUAAUGAUGACACAUGACAUUCAUAAGGAUAAUGCAAAUUCAUUGCCAAGCACCUUUGAAGGUCCCUUAAAGAUUGAUUUAUUAAGGUUUUCAUCGAUAACAAGACUUCUCAGGGUCACUGCACUAGCACUUCGAUUCAUCGAUCGUCUAAAAGGGAAGCAAGUAAAUGGACAUCUCGCUACAAGUGAAAUACAUAACGCUGAAUAUCUUUGGAUAGCACACAUUCAACAUAACUAUUACAAAGAUGUAUUUGAGGCUAUUGCUGCUAAUACACACAACAACUUUAGAAGUCAACUUGGUGUGUUCAUUGAUGAGAAAGGUCUGCUUCGCUGCAAAGGUCGAUUGAUGAAUGUAAACUUGUGUGAAAAUGCGAGACUUCCAAUACUUCUCCCUAAAGGAGAUCGAUUCACAGAAUUAGUGAUUGACAAAAUACACAAAGAGAAUGUUCACAGUGGUGUAUCUCAAACCCUUGCAGCUGUUCGAAAUCGAUUUUGGAUUCCGCAUGGACGCGCUGCAGUAAAGCAAGUUUUGCAGUCGUGCCGGGUUUGUCGACGGUUUGAAUGUGGUCCGUAUAAGUUACCCCCUAUGAGUGCUUAUCCUACAAAAAGAGUAACUGAAUCAAAACCAUUUUCGAAAAUUGGACUGGACUAUUUAGGACCGUUAUUGGUUAAAGAUAAUGCUUGUGAUAAGAAAAGUGUGGGUGUGCUUAUUCACGUGCCUAGUUACUCGUGCAAUACAUCUAGAAUUAGUAUGUGA